UCCACGAAUUGAACUGAAGCCAUUUUCAGAGACAAACUCCAAAAUUCACCAGAGAUCACUGAAGAAGAAGAAACCUUGUCUUCGCUCCGCCGGAGAAUACGCAUUCCGAUGGAAACAAUGUCGAGCUACAUAAUCACUGGUCUUUACAGCCGCUCACCUUUCACAUUUCCACGCCUUAAACCACGACGUCUCAACCAUUCCGGCGGGAGUAGCGUCUCCGUAAACUGCGUUGCUAGCAAAUGGGCUGAGCGACUACUUGGAGAUUUUCAAUUCCUCUCUGGUUCCUCCUCCACCGUCACUCUCUCUCCUUCUUUCCCUCCUUAUAUUGCCUCCCCCGAGCGCCAUGUUACAAUCCCCAUCGAUUUCUAUCGAGUUCUUGGAGCUGAGACGCAUAUUAUUGGGGAUGGGAUUUGUAGAGCUUACGAAGCUAGAGUUUCGAAGCCGCCGCAGUAUGGGUUUAGCCAGGACACUCUGAUAAGUCGCCGGCAGAUUCUUCAGGCAGCUUGCGAAACCUUGGCGGAUCAUACUUUGCGAAGAGAGUACAAUAAAGGCCUUUCGGAAGAUGAAGAUGGUACCGUUCUCACGCAAGUUCCUUUCGAUAAGGUUCCUGGUGCUUUGUGUCUGUUGCAAGAAGCUGGAGAGACAGCAUUGGUUCUUGAAAUUGGAGAGAGCUUGCUCAGAGAGAGGCUGCCAAAGUCGUUCAAGCAAGAUAUUGUCCUGGCCAUGGCUCUUGCUUAUGUUGACAUAUCAAGGGAUGCUAUGGCAUUAUCUCCUCCUGAUUUUAUUCAGGGCUGCGAAGUGCUCGAGAGGGCCUUGAAGUUGUUGCAGGAGGAAAGUGCUAGUAGCCUUGCACCUGAUUUGCUUUCACAAAUUGAUGAGACAUUGGAAGAGAUCACACCUCGAUGUGUUCUGGAACUGUUGGCUUUGCCUCUCGAUAAUGAGUGGCGAAAAAGAAGGGAAGAGGGUCUUCAUGGCGUGCGCAAUAUUUUGUGGGCUGUUGGAGAUGGGGGAGCAACAGCUAUUGCUGGUGGAUUCACCCGUGAAGACUUUAUGAAUGAGGCAUUUGAACGAAUGACAGCAUCUGAGCAGGUUGAUCUCUUUGUAGCUACACCAACAAAUAUUCCUGCAGAACGUUUUGAAGUGUAUGGAGUGGCACUUGCACUCGUGGCACAAGCCUUUGUUGGCAAAAAACCGCACCUUAUCCAAGAUGCUGACGACCUCUUCCAACAACUUCAGCAAACUAAGGAAGCUGUUGUUGGGACUGCUGUCACAGGAUCUGCACCUCGCAAGGUUCAUUUUGCCCUUGAAAGGGGACUUUGUUCCUUACUUUGUGGAGAACUUGAUGAGUGUCGAUCAUGGCUGGGGCUAGAUAGUGAGACUUCAUCUUACAGAAAUGCAGCUAUUGUAGAUCAUAUUCUAAAUAAUUCUGAAAACGAUCUUCCGGGGCUAUGUAAGUUGUUGGAGAUGUGGUUAGCGGAAGUGGUGUUCUCCAGAUUUAGAGACACGAAAGACAUUUAUUUUAAGCUUGGAGAUUACUAUGAUGAUCCCACUGUUUUGAGGUACUUAGAGAAACUGGAAGGAGUUAAUGGUUCACCACUAGCUGCAGCAGCAGCUAUAGUGAAGAUUGGUGCUGAGGCUACUGCAGUUCUUGAUCAUGUGAAAUCCACUGCUAUUCAAGCACUGCAGAAGGUGUUUCCCCUCGGUCAGAACAGUUCUAGGCGUGAGGCAGAUGCGGAAACGGAAUAUAUUUUUCCUGUUGUAAAUAGUCAGAUGCCUUUAGUGAGCUUUGAUGAGAAUGAGAAUGAACGUACCAACUUAUCUGAGGUUUCUGAGAGAGCUAAAGCUGGCGAAAUAAAUGAUGAAAAACCAAUUACUGAUCAAAUUAAAGAUGCAAGUGUGAAGAUCAUGUGUGCUGGUUUGGCAGUUGGGUUGGUGACUUUGGCUUGUUUGAGGUUCUUACCUGCUAGAAAUAGCAACACUUCUCUAAUUAAAGAAGCUGGUUCUUCUAGCGCAUCAACUACCAGUGUAGCAUCUGAAGUUGAAAAGUCCAGCGAGGAGUUGUCUAGAAUGGAUGCACGGACUGCAGAAGGUCUAGUUCGCAAAUGGCAGAGCAUUAAGUCUCUGGCUUUUGGACCUGAUCAUUGCCUAGAAAAACUACAAGAGAUAUUAGAUGGUGAGAUGUUGAAGAUCUGGACGGAUCGCGCAAUCGAAAUUUCAGAAAUCGGUUGGUUCUAUGACUACACACUCUCAAAUCUAACCAUUGACAGUGUAACAGUAUCUUUAGAUGGCGGACGUGCCAUGGUGGAAGCAACUCUUGAAGAAUCAGCUCAUCUCAUUGAUGUAGGCCAUCCAGAACACAAUGACUCACACAGAAAAACCUAUACAACAAGAUAUGAGAUGUCAUAUUCCAGUUCUGGAUGGAAAAUUACCAAAGGUGCCGUUCUUGAAUCAUAAUUGGAUGGUUAUAAUAUAUCAUUAACCUGUAAAUGCAUCUCUUCUGGAUUGUUAUAAUCACAGCUUUUUAGUGUCUGUGAAGAGGUAGAGAGCUGGGAAGACUCUUUGUCGAGACUUAUGGUAUUUUUUGUGUUAAUAAUUCAUUUAUUUAAUCUUUUCUUAUAACAGUUCAA